AUGGGCUUCAAGCAGUUUCUGAAGAACCGCUCGAGCCUGCGGGUGGACAACAACAAGGUCACAAAUGCAGCCAGUCUCACCUUACGCCAGAGUUUGUGGCCAUUGACCAUUGUCACGCUGCUGUUUUUCUUAUGGGUGAGUUCGCAUGUGGACUCCAUGAUUGAUUCUUUUCUUCCUACAGAGCAAUGCUUACGAGGACAAAAUCAGGGGUUUGCUUAUGGCCUGCUUGACACGUUAAACAAGCAUUUCCAGAAUACUCUGAACAUCACGAGGACGCGAUCUUCUGGUCUGCAGGCUGCAUAUUUCGGAGCCUAUCCACUCGCGUCUCUCGGGUAUGCCAACUGGAUACUCCGUCGCUUCGGCUACAAGACCGUCUUCAUCUUUGGCCUGACUGUGUACGGCAUUGGAGCACUUUGCAUGUGGCCAGCUGGUGUGAAACGCUCGUUUGGAGGUUUCUGCGGAGCUACAUUCAUAAUUGGCUCGGGACUGGGCUCCUUGGAGACGGCUGCCAACCCUUACCUGUCUGUCUGCGGUCCACCCAAGUACUCUGAAAUCCGGAUCAAUUUUGCUCAGGCGUUCAACGCCAUUGGAACUGUCGUGGGUCCCGUUCUGGGCUCAUACGUCUUUUUCACGGGGACUUCAGAUGAUGUGGAGGCGUUGAAGCGCGUGCAAUGGGUGUAUCUCGCGAUCGCCAUCUUCGUCUUCAUCCUCGCGGGCGUGUUCUUCCUCUCCAACAUCCCUGAAGUCACCGACAGCGACAUGGCCUAUCAAGUUGCGGAGACGCACGUGGGCGAGGGAGACAAGCCAUUCUGGAAGCACUAUGCUUUGUUCCAUGCUGCUCUGGCCCAGUUUACCUACACCGGCGCUCAGGUUGCCAUUGCUGGGUAUUUCAUCAACUACGCCGUCGACACCCGACCAGGGACGUCCAGCGCUACCGGUGCCAAGUUCCUUGCCGGGGCUCAGGGGGCCUUUGCGGUGGGACGAUUUACCGGAACGCUGCUCAUGAAGUUUUUCAAACCGCGAUAUGUGUUCCUGUUGUAUAUGUGUGGAGUCGUUGCUUGCCUAGCGGCGUCGGUCACGCAGAGAAACAACACCGGAAUAGCCAUGCUUUUCAUGACCCUGUUCUUCGAGUCCGUCUGCUUCCCGACCAUCGUCGCGCUGGGAAUCCGAGGACUGGGCCGCCACUACAAGCGCGGGUCCGGUAUGAUCGUGGCAGGUGUGGGAGGAGGCGCAGUGGUGCCGCCGAUCUUGGGCCAUGUCGCCGAUAUGCGCAACUCGACAGGGUUUGCCAUGAUUGUUCCGACGAUGUUCAUGGUCGUAGCAUGGACCUACGCCAUGGCAGUCAACUUUGUCCCUUCGUACCGCGACACCGUUGACAAAGUGGGCGCUAGCAAGAUCGGACUGGAGAAUGGAGACAACAAUCCUCCCAAGGAUUUGGAGGCGGCAGAAGCGACUGCAUGCCAUGACCAAGUAUUUCUAUUAAUUACUCCACCAUCCAGAUCCAAAAUGGACGUCGCAAGCAAAAAAGUCAACUUUACUCAAAAAGAAAGUUUUCGAAAGCAUCCAUUCCUUUCCUCUCGUCCUCCCCAACAGGGUGCCUUACGAUACAGAGAUCUGGAACCUGAGGCGCUAGCAGUAGGUUACUCCAUACUCCGUAUGGGAGCUUUUUGA